AUGCCAACCAUUGCAUCCACAUCUGCAGCUCCGCCGCCGCCCCUGCUUUCCGCCGCCCCUCCCGGCCCCGGCCUUAGGCGGUCGGCGAAUGGAAACGGAAACGGAAACGGCCAUGGCACAAAUGGUGGUCCGCAUCGACGGCGAUCGAAUAUUGGCACCGCCGGGGAGCCGCCGCCUGAGAACGGCAAUGGUUUCGACCACAGGCGCCGCUACUCCACCGUUUCAUCGGAUCCUGAUACUUUUGACAUCAGAAGCUUAGGGCCCGACUUUACUCCCGAUACGUUCGACAAGCCGGUGCGACAGCAAAUUCUCAACUGGCAUUCUGUACCCCUGGUGCUUGCACUGCUUCCGGCCAUCGCUGGUCUAUUAUUCAAGAACGGAAGUGAUUUUGUCACGGAUGCCCUGCUCCUUGCGCUGGCUGCUGUGAUCCUCCACGCUGCCAUCACGAAACCAUGGACGUGGUAUCAACUGGCUCAGGAGAUUAGACUGGUUGACCAGGUCCCAGACGUCGUACAAGACUCGUCCGAUCAAGAUGAUGAAUUAUCUUGUGAAGAUGGCGAAUCCGUGGACGACGAGUAUUCAUUCAAACCUCGCACUCGUGCCCGUCUAGGAAAGGAGAGAAAGACGUCUCCAGGCGCCCCCAAGCUCACUGAACGCCAAAAGCAGGCCAGGGCCGAACUCCGCCUUCAUGAAACUUUUGCGCUAGUGUCUUGCUUCGCAUUUCCUGUCCUUGGAGCAGUCUUGCUGCAUGUCAUCAGGAGUCAACUCAGCAGGCCAUCUGAGGGUCUGGUCUCGGACUACAACCUGGCCAUCUUCAUACUGGCUGCCGAGAUCCGACCAGUCCGGCAUUUGCUCCAGCUAUUCGAGUUGCGCACCUGGCACAUGCAACGCAUUGUGGCGUCAAAUCCUUUCCUCGAAUCGGAGCCCCGGUCCAUCGCCCUGCAGCUUGACCACCUCUCGGAACGGAUUGAUCAACUCGAGGCACGCGCCGCGGCGGACGAUACAGAUGCCCUUUCCGAGGCUACCUCUCAGCGCAGGGAGGCGAUCUUGCGUGACGCCAAGACUCAAAUACAACCCGAAGUAAAGGCUCUGUAUCGCACUGUCAGGCAAUUCGAGAAGAAAUACAUUGUCCUCGCCGUGCAAGUAGACAAUCGACUUCACUUGCUGGACAGGCGCAUUGAGGACGCCAUUACGGUCGCAGCACACGCUGCCAAAUCUUGUCGCCCACGUCCGAGCCUCCUGCGCACUACUAGCGAGCAGACUCUCGGUCUAUUAUUCUUACCGGUUCAGAUAACCAAAACUCUUGUGUCCCUCCCAUUCCGCCUCCUCGGUACCGCGGUCGGCUUGUUCUUCAGAGAGCCGCGGAAAGCUAACCGGGGCUACCGCAGCGGCCGAUCUUCACGGUCUUCCAGCGCGUAUGGCGACAAGUCAUCAAGAGCUUCGUCUCGCCGCUGA